UCUCGAACAGGUGCGCGCUGGGCGAGAACACAACGAGAUUUGGAAUCCAUCUUCGAAGUUUAUGGGUGAAAUGUCAGUAUUUUAAUGCGAUUACCGAUGGCUUCUUACUAGGAUAAGGAUCUGGACAUUAACACAGGGUUAAACCUGAGUUAAAGACGUCAUGUCUGACUCGUUUGACGAGAUGGAAAAGCCCCCAGCCCCACCCGUCAGACACACAAGCACAAGAGAUACCCAUAACAUGGAACACAAGCCCCUCCCAAAGGAGCCAGACAGCAAAGAGGAGAGGAAGAAGGUCAAGACACCGAAGAGUAAGAUUUUAUGUAUCCCCCUACAGAUUUAUGGGGAUUCUCUUUCCCAUCCUUGUAACUGGAUAGGAAGAGAAAUAGAUCAUACAUACAUUAAUCUGAUAAUGUCUUCAUGGAAGCGAUCAAGUGGUGGCUCUGGUCAAGGUUCAAGGUCAAGUGGCUCUAGUCAAGGUUCAAGGUCAAGUGGUUCUGGUCAGGGGUCAAGGUCAAGUGGCUCAGGUCAGGGGUCAUGGCAGUCUGCCCUGACCAGUACUUUACGCAGGAUGAGUGGCGGACACAAGGGUAGUAAGGUAGCCAGACUCAAAGACAUGGAGAAACCAGUGAUUUCACCACCCUCUAACUUUGAACACACAGUCCAUGUUGGCUUUGAUUCCCACACCGGGGAGUUUACAGGCAUGCCUGAAUCAUGGGCAAAACUGCUGUCCAAUUCCAACAUAUCCAUCACAGAGCAGAAGAAAAACCCACAGGCUGUGUUGGAUGUCCUCAACUACUACGAGACCUCGACAAAGACAGAGGAGUCACGUCACAAGUACAUGACCAACAUCAAACCACCAAGUGCAGACUCUAUGCAUAAUGCCCUCUCAGAAAAACUCAACAUUGUUGUUUCUAUGCAGCCUCCUUCAAAACCAGAAAACUCGUCACCUCCCACACCAGAUGAUGUGGACGAGGAGGAAAAUGAUGCAGCUCCACCACCGAUAGCUACUCGACCAGACAAAACAAAAUCUAUAGCUCUCUACCUGAUUGCCACUAAUGGCAAGCCUGACAUCAAGGAGAAGAACAAACUAUCACCAGUCUUCCAGGACUUCCUUGAUAAGUGUCUGGAGGUCGAUGUGGACAAGAGAUGCUCAGCCUCCGAGCUACUCAAGCAUCCAUUUUUGCGGCUUGCUAAACCACUGGCAAACCUUCAGCCGUUGAUUCUGGCUGCCAAGGAAGCUCAGAAAGGACAUUAGGUCAACAUAGUUGCUGACCGAUGGAUUCUGACAGCAAGUCUAUGAUGACAUAGCUUUCUUUGUGGAGGAGGAAGGACGUUUGACCACAUAGCUAGCUUCAUCAUUGAAUCGCCAUGUUGACAUGGCGUGUGAGAUGCCAGUCUUCCGACAUUAGCUUAGUCCACGAAAGUGAUGUACUUACCCAGAAUCUGCAGCUUUGGUUGUUAACAAUACAAGCAACAUUGCUGAUUGUGGGAAUGGUGAUGUGUUCCUUCAUGUCUGUGGAAGAAUGUGCCCUUUUCAACAUAAGGCUGAUCUAUUAAUGGAACUAUGAACCCGCAAAGAACCAAUUAAUGCAUCUAUGAACCUACAUGGAAAGGAUUUAUUGAUGCUCUUGUGAAUUAUAUGGAAAUGUCCUCUUCAUUGAACUGUGAACCCACACAAAACGGUCUGAUUGAUUGAAUAGUCAAUCCAUACAAAAGGAAAUGAUUCUUUGUUCUGAACCUUAUUGGAAAGGACCAAUUCAUGAAAGUGUAAACCUACAUCAGACGAAAGCUCCUGUCACUUGACUGGAUUUUGUUGAAAAGCAUUCUAUUUCUACUCAAGUAUCUGUGAGGUUUAAAGUCUGAUAGGAAUAGUUCCUGGUAAUCAGUAGCUAGAUGUGUACAUUGAGGGAAUGUGUUUUUGAAAAAAAGAAGAAAUAGUGCUCGUGUAAUUUCGUUAUAACAGUAAAUAUAUAGUCUGUACUCUGUGUGGCUAUUAGAAUAUUUUCACCAGUAAAUAAUUAAAAAUGCAGAUCAUAUUUUGCCAUUAUAAUCUUUUUUAUUCUAUUAAACUUAAGGUGUAGUAAUGGUAGCCGGUUUCUGCUUUCACCUUGAAGUGUAAAAUGUAAGAUCUUCAUGCAGACAUUAAUAAAGUUGAAGUAAAAUUGCUUGAUCUGCUUCAACUGUUUCAAUGAUCAUUAUGCACAGGUAAUGUAUUAUCAUUAAAGGCAAUAGGAAAAAAUUUAGAAUAGAACAACAAGGAAAUCUUAGUAGAUAUGACUUACAGUAAAGUUGUUAUAAUUGUAUGGCAAUAUGCUGUUAAAAUGACCUUGCAUGUAAGAGUGAAGAAGCUUUAUUUAACGUCGCAUAUACAUGUAACAUAAUAACAUUAGCACUGUAGUGCUAUUCUUGCGACCAUGUAGUGGUUGCUCUGCUGAUUAUUAAUGAAAUAGCAAUAUCCUUCUGAAUUUUCUUUGUCAUGACUUGUCGAGCAUGCGUCAGUUUUAUUGUAUGGACCCAUUUUAUCAAGUUAAUAGUCAAACCAUGUUUAACAGAAAAGGCAUUGUUUUGUCUCUCCCAAGCCAACCCCAGGCAAUAACAGAAAUACUCAACAAACCAUAGUCUCUAUCAGACUACAGUCUAUGUACCCAGUACAGUAUUACAGCCAGCUGUGUACCAGGGAUCACAGCCUAUAUACCCAGUACAAUAUUACAGCCAGCUGUGUACCAGGGAUCACAGCCUAUGUACCCAGUACAGUAUUACAGCCAGCUGUGUACCAGGGAUCACAGUCUAUGUACCCAGUACAAUAUUACAGCCAGCUGUGUACCAGGGAUCACAGUCUAUGUACCCAGUACAAUAUUACAGCCAGCUGUGUACCAGGGAUCACAGUCUAUUUACCCAGUACAAUAUUACAGCCAGCUGUGUACCAGGGAUCACAGCCUAUAUACCCAGUACAAUAUUACAGCUAGCUGUGUACCAGGGAUCAAAGCCUAUAUACCCAGUACAUAAUUACAGCCAGCUCUGUACCAGGGAUCACAGAACUUUUACCUUACACUAUAACCAUAAGUCUACAAACACCGGAGACUCGAGCUCUCAUGGCGUUAGACAGAAACCAAAUUAACCCAACCUUGCUCUACACUGCUUAUUGCCUGAUAUUAUACUGUGGUUCUUACAUCAGUCAACUAGUUAAUGAGAGUUUAGCAUUUAUUAAAUAUGUACUGUCUCCAAAUGUUGCAGAAAUUAAACUUUUGAAAUAGAACCACUACAGAGAAGAAUUUACCAAUCAAAUUGAUUCAUUUGAUGAAUACCGUGUAUUUUCCAAGCAAUUGAUGUAUUAUUGGAGCCCAUUACUCGGAUGGAGAGACAGUGACUGGUGAACAAGGACAUUUUAUUUCUAUUUAACUAAUUGCAAAAACAUUCAAACCAAAUAUAACCCUAUUGAGUAUAAUGUUAACCCUUCACCACUGUAGACCAUAAUGAACUCAUCCAUAUCAAUGCAUGGUAGAGUCUACUAAAGUUACAUAGGGCUGACAGGGUUAAAUGAUACUAUGAUGCUGUAGGUAGUUAACAUAUUAUUGUCUGCUGAGCAGAUUCAUGCUACAUAUGUACUAUGUAAACAAUUAAUUAUUUGUAUACAAACAUGAGCAGAUUUGAUAAAAUCAUCUUUAUUGUAAUGCAUAAUAUGAAGAUAAAUAUUUAUAGCUUUUGGUACGAAAUUGAUGUAAUGCCUGUACAGAUAGUUGGUGGAAACCCAUGAUAUGCAAUGAAACCUUGUUAAUGUGGACUCAUAGGUCAUUUAAUGUUCAUUGGAGGCCAAGGUCUUCUUGAGACCAGCAGAGGUCAGGGUUAUGUAAGGUCAUUGAACCCAGGGGUUAUGUUAAGGAGUAGCAACAUAGUAUAUAUAUGAUCCAUUAAGUGUCUAGAUUUCUCAAGAUUGUAUGAGUGAACUAACAAGAUGGCAUUGAAUAUCAUAUUUGCAUAUUUCUGUGCCUUUGUUUUGCUACAUAUUUUAAAUAUAGCAGCCGAAAUUUUCAAGUUUUAUAAGUUUGCUCAAUUUACGAUUUCUUACUGAUAGCUCCUGUGUCACCGAUUUUCUCAGUCAUAUUUUGCAUGUUUUAAUCAAAAGAAUGAAAGUUGAUUGCAUUUGUGACCAUAUAUGUACUACAAAGGAUCUUCAUUAUCCAGAAAUCUGUUUUGUUUUAAAUCGUACAAGAUUUGUCAGUACCCCAUAAAAACGUGAAGAAACAUUUUAUUCUAGAUUCUGAAUAUAGAAGUCCCCUUGAGUCCACACUUACAAGUUAUUACCUUACAUCUGUAUAGCAGUACAUCUCUACAAUUGAAUACGAUUUUUCCAAAUGUAGCUUUAGGCCUGUUCUAGUUUAAACAAAUUCCAGCUUUAGGGAAAAUAAAAUCGAUUUUGUAGCAAGUUGGAUUUUAAGAGGUCAUUAGAUACAUAGUGUAUACAUUAUAUGAACCAUUCUUCUGUCUUUGAUAAUGGAGGAUAAUUUUAGAUGGAAAAGAUCUCAGAUGUUCCAUGAAAUUCAAAAGAUUAAAUUUGAAGUUAAUUAUGUGAUUUCUGGGAUUUAUCACUAAUAACAUAAUAAAAUGAAGAAAAAACAACGAAAAACUACACUAUUCCAGAAAAGUAAAAUCUAACAUAAAAUUUGAGUAACCAGUUCACAUUUCUGGUCAGCUGAUGAGUGAGAGAGGAUGAAGUUGAGUGUGAUUAUAACAGUAGCCAACACUACUGUUAUUUAACUAUCAACAGUUACCUAUAAUUAUCAACAACCACAGACUAUAUCUCUAGUUAUAUCUACAAACUGUUAUAAUAGUGCUAGCUGUGCGGGUCGUUCCUAAUACCUGUACCUUUAUUGAAUAGGAUCACUAAUAGUGCUGAUAGCUAUUACAUGGUGUUGGUUCCUCCCUUAAAUGUAGUGCACACUACACAUAUCUGUCGUCAUGCCAUUUGUGUUCUGGCUAUGGAUGUAACACAUUUUCUAUUUCAUAUGUAUUCUGAUACACUUGCAAAUUCAUAUUAUGUAUUUUAGAAUUAACCAAAUCUAAGUCUGCCACUUUGAAAAUAUGCCAGGUACACCCAGUAAUUUCUGUAGAAUUUAUGCAGGUGAGUCUGAACAUCUUUGUAAAAAGUUUGAUGAGUCCCCUAACUAAGAGAUCAUUUAGCUAGUGUCUUGCAAAACCUUAACAAUAUUAAGGUUGAAAUUCGUUUUACAUAUUUAAUUGUAUAUUUGAAAAUUACAACGUUAUUUAUGAUACUAACCAUAUAUGUCAAAAUCAGUGUCGAAUGCAAUUCAACAACAUAAAAUAAUGGCUCAGAAGGUCAGCAUGCAAUGAGAACAUUUAAGAUUCACCCUGCAAUAAACCAAGUGUCCACCUAAAAUCUUAAGCUGAUAAUUGGUAGCAAAAAUAGCCCAUGCUUACUUUUAAUGAAGUGUGUUUUAAAAUCUAUAAAGAAUUAUUGCCUACACCUGAUUGAUUGUGAACUGAACGGUUGUUCCUAAUUUUAUGCAGCCAUGGUUACACUAUGUAUAUUGUAUAAUGCUGCCCAUCCCAGCGUUCCUAAGGAGAUGUCUUCCACUUCUUAUUGCUUUGCUUAAGAUCGUAAUCGCGGCGAACUAUAUAUGGUGCUAUGUAUCACUGGUGUGUUAGGAUAUUUAGUACCCCAGUAUCACACUUCUCACUCCUUAUAACACUGUAAUACUUGGCCAAGUAACUGUCUGUUUUCUAGUGUAGAUAUAUGUUCCUCUAAAAUUGUUCUAGUAUGCGUACAUCUAUUUAAUUAUGUGGGUUCAAAAUUUUAAGUAAUUUAAGAUGUAAUGGUUUAUUUUCAGAAAAUAUUUGCUUGUUGAUAGGACUAGAUUUGCAGAAGCUACAGCGUAAUUAUAUUUAUUGGCAUGGAUUACUCAAAACAGACAGACAUGUAAUUGCUCAUAAUUAGGUUUUGGCAUACAUUUUUUUCUUCUGUAUUUAAUUAACUACCAUUUUGUUUAAGAUAAAAACAUGUUUAUUCCUGUCUGUGAGUGGUGUGAUGAUUCUGAUAUUUCGUAAGCGUAUUCCAGUUUUUCAUUAUGGACCUUUCCUUAUUGACAUAAUAAAUCACUUUUAAUUUCCGUCAAACAUCGCGACUGUAGGUAUAAUACACACUUUAUCGUUUGAUAAGAAAGAAGUGACAAAAAUAUUACAAACAACAAAAAUAUUACAAACUUAAAUUUGAAAUUGAAUUAUAAUUGUUUGGAUCGACUCACAGUAUCCUUUCCUCCUUUGAUAGGCCAGUUCUAAUUGAUGUGAUAAAUUGCAUUCAAAAGAAAUACAAUCAUCAAUUUCAAUCAGUGUUUCAAUCAAGUAAUAUCUGUCAGUUUCUGAUAUUGUUGAGAUUUACAAGAUUCUAAAAGGCAACUAUUGAAUGUGAUUUAGCUGGUUUGUGAUGCAUUUGAUGUUUAGUAUCCUGAUAUUUAGAGAGCUUGUGUACGUCGUUCAUGCUGUAUGUGUGCAAUUAGCUUCAUAUCUCAGCUUGCAUAUUCGCCGGUCCUGUUGUAUAAGAUGUGUGUAACUAUUAAUUCGAUAUCUCGGUGAUUCGUUUGUCAGGAGCAACUCGCCAUCCACCAAUGUUAGUGUGUUAUAUUCAUAUCAAAAUAUGCAUCCCACCCAUUCUUCCCCAUUGAUCAUACUGUUUGUCUAUUCAUUAAGGGCAUCAUGACACUAGGUCGGCUUGUCCAUACGAGAUUUCACCCCUAUAAGUAACACUGUUAUAUGAACAAUGUCCACUUACAUUAUGCAUCAUAAACUACUUUACUUUGUUAGAUGGAGAGUAUGCCAUCACUGAACUCUUGCUUCACAUGUACUAGUCAUUCUGUAGCCAAACAUUUGGUGUAGACUUACCAUACUGUAGCCAAACAUUCGGUGUAGACUUACCAUACUGUAGUUGUACCAGUGUAGCUUGUUUUUAUAAAGUCGAUGUAAACGACAUGGUUCAUAGUUAUAUGGACGAUAAAAAGAAUAAUAAAAAACAAUUAUUAAAAUUCAGAAAAAAAA